CCCACCGACUGUCUGUCGAGUGCCGCCGUGUGAGUUCACAGCCCCCCGGGCGCCUCGAUAAUGACGCCCAGCGCACCGAUCGCACGUAACGAUGAGCCGCUCCGGGGAACCGGGCGCCGCUAGAAGAGGCGCGCAGCUCCGAUCUGCGGCACAUGGGACCAGCCCCGACUGGGUAGGGGACCCUCGCUCAUCGAUGGUCUUAAUACAACAGCACAUGAGCUGAGAUUUUAGGAGUGAAGAGAGACACGUAUCUGCGUCUGCCGCUUAUCAAGCCGCCGCGCGCCUGUCCGGCAGCAUGGUGGAGCUGGAGAAGGACGUUCUGCCGCUGCCGCCGCGGUACCGCUUCCGCGACCUGUUGCUCGGUGAUUGGCAAGCAGAUGACAGAGUACAGGUGGAGUUCUAUGUGAAUGAGAACACUUUCAAGGAACGCCUGAAGCUGUUCUUCAUCAAAAACCAAAGAUCCAGUCUGAGGGUGCGACUAUUCGACUUCUCCCUGAAGGUGCUCAGCUGCAUACUCUACAUGAUGCGGGUGUUGCUGGAUGACCCCCGGGAGGGGCGGGGCGGAUGGUCGCUGAUUCUCUGGGUGGACAGACCUCUUCCUCUCUGGGUUCUACAGGUGUUGGUGGCAUUUAUCAGCUUAUCAGAGACCAUGUUACUGGUGUAUCUCAGUUAUAAGGGUAACGUGUGGGAGCAAGUUCUGAGAGUUCCCUUCAUACUGGAGAUGAUCAGCACUGUUCCCUUCGUCAUUACUAACGACCUGCACCGGGCGAUCCAGCGCACACACUCGGCUAUGUUCAACCAAGUCCUCAUCCUCAUCUGUACCCUGGUCUGCCUCAUGUUUACCUGCAUAUGUGGCAUCCAGCAUCUAGAACGCGCCGGCAACAACUUGACGCUCUUCGACUCACUCUACUUCUGUGUGGUGACCUUCUCCACUGUGGGCUUUGGCGAUGUCACGCCCCGGAUCUGGCCCUCGCAGCUUCUGGUGGUCAUCAUGAUCUGUGUGGCUCUCAUCGUUUUGCCUGUGCAGUUCGAGCAGCUGGCCUUCCUCUGGAUGGAGCGGCAGAAGUCAGGCGGUAACUACAGCCGGUACCGGGCGCAGACGGAGAAGCACGUGGUGCUGUGCGUCAGCUGCCUGAAGAUCGACCUGCUCAUGGACUUCCUCAACGAGUUCUACGCACACCCCCGCCUGCAGGAUUACUACGUGGUGAUCCUGUGCCCGGCCGAGAUGGACGUGCAGGUUCGCCGGGUGCUGCAGAUUCCGCUGUGGGCGCAGAGGGUCAUCUACCUGCAGGGCUCCGCCCUUAAGGACCAGGACCUGAUGAGAGCCAAGAUGGACGAUGCAGAGGCCUGCUUUAUCCUCAGCAACCGCUUCGAAGUCGACCGCGUCGCUGCUGACCACCAGACCAUCCUGAGGGCCUGGGCAGUGAAGGACUUUGCCCCAAACUGCCCCCUUUACGUCCAGAUCCUCAAACCUGAGAGCAAAUUCCAUGUCAAGUUUGCUGAUCAUGUGGUUUGCGAGGAGGAGUUCAAAUAUGCCAUGCUGGCUCUCAACUGUGUGUGUCCGGCUACAUCCACGCUCAUUACGCUGCUGAUCCAUUCCUCUAGGGGGCACUGCUGUUCCUGUGUACCGGUUACCCUCAGGACAGCACCUCAGGAGGCGUUUCGGCAGCGCCCAGGGGCCUUCCAGUCCCUCAGCAGGGAAGGUGGUGCUAACUCUGUGGACCAAUGGCAACGCACCUACAGCCGCUGCUCAGCCAAUGAGGUGUACCACAUUCGCCUUGAGGAGAGCAAGUUCUUUGGCGAGUACCAGGGCAAGAGCUUUACCUUCGCAUCCUUCCACGCCCAUAAAAAGUACGGUGUGUGUCUUAUUGGGGUCCGCAGGAAGGACACAGCCAACAUUCUGCUCAACCCAGGCCCCUGCCACAUCAUGACCUCUUCUGAUACUUGCUUUUACAUCAACAUCUCCAAAGAGGAGAACUCUGCCUUUGUCCGGGGCCAGCGGGAAUCUGCACGAGGUCCAGGGAGGGGCUCUGGGGGGGUGCCCCAGACCAUCUACCACGGCCUGACACGCCUCCCUGUGCACAGCAUCAUCGCCAGCAUGGGCACCGUGGCCAUGGAUCUGCCCGACUCCAGCGGCAGCAGUCCCGACAGCGUGGAAGGUGGAGGCGGAGCAGGCAGCAAGCUGGGCACCAAUACUUUGGUGCUACCCAACAAGGAGGCAGGGGAGAGACGGCAGAGUAUCGGCCCAGUCCUGGAAGUGGUGGACGGGGUCAGCAGCCCCUCCCUGGAUCUCCUGAGUGACCAAUCGGAGGAUGAGAGCGGAGAAGGCGGCGAGGGGGAGGAGAGCAAAGGAGGAGCUGAGGGACAUAGCUGGGCGGGGCAUUGCGAGUGGGUGAAGGGCUACCCCCUGAACUCGCCCUACAUCGGCAGCUCGCCCACACUCUGCCACCUGCUGAAGGACAAGGUGUCCUUCUGCUGCCUCCGCCUGGACAAGGGCUGCCACCACGUGCCCUACGAGGAUGCCCGCUCCUACGGCUUCAAGAACAAGCUGAUCAUUGUAUCGGCAGAGCGUGCUGGAAACGGUCUCUACAACUUCCUGGUGCCCUUGCGGGCAUACUACAGACCCAAGAAGGAGCUGAAUCCGAUUGUGCUGCUGCUGGAGAGCCCGCCUGAGACCUACUUCCUGGAGGCCAUUUGCUGCUUCCCCAUGGUCUUCUACACCGUGGGAUCCAUUGAUAAUCUGGACAGCCUGCUCCGCUGUGGCAUCACAUUUGCUGACACCAUGGUGGUGGUGGACAAGGAGAGCUCCAUGAUCGCCGAGGAGGACUACAUGGCUGAUGCCAAGACCAUCGUCAACGUCCAGACUCUCUUUAGGCUCUUCCCUGCCCUCAGCAUCAUCACAGAGCUCACCCACCCAGCUAACAUGCGCUUCAUGCAGUUCAAGGUGAAGGACCACUAUUCUCUGGCCCUCUCCAGACUGGAGAAGAAGGAGCGAGAGAAAGGCUCCAACCUGGUCUUCAUGUUCCGGCUGCCCUUCGCUGCGGGGAAGGUGUUCAGUGUGAGCAUGCUCGACACACUGCUUUACCAGUCCUUUGUGAAGGAUUACAUGAUCUCCAUAACCCGGCUGCUCCUGGGACUCGACUCCACUCCGGGUUCAGGCUUCUUGUGUGCCAUGAAGAUCACAGAGGAGGACCUCUGGAUCCGCACAUAUGGCAGACUCUACCAAAAGCUCUGCUCUUCCUCUGGAGACAUCGCCAUUGGUAUCUACAGGACAGAGUCACGCACGCUGCCUGUGUCAGAGUCCCAGGUCUCCAUUAACGUGGAGGAGUACGAGGACACACGGGAGCCCCGGGAGCCGCUGCUCUGCCGCUCGGGCCCCUCCCACCGCAACUCCACCUCCUCCGAGCCUCUGGCCCCCCCCCCAUCCUCGGUGCCCGAUCACCCGCUCCUGCGACGGAAGAGCAUGCAGUGGGCGCGACGGCUGAGCCGCAAAGGCGGGCGAGGCCCCGGGGGGGCCAAGGGCCCCGCAGGUGCCACCGAGCGCAUCAACCAGCAGCGGCUGACGCUGUUCCGCCGCUCAGAGCGGCAGGAGCUGAACGCGCUGGUGCGAACGCGCAUGAAGCACCUGGGCUUGUCUCCAUCGGGAUACAAUGAGAAGACAGACCAGGGCAACACACUGUCCUACAUCCUCAUCAACCCCUCCCCUGACACCCGCCUGGAACUCAACGACGUUGUGUACCUGGUGCGACCGGACCCCCUGGCAGCAGUGCCGAGCCGCGGCGCCGGUGGAGCGGCCCGACCAGAGGGACCCCGGUUCGGCUCACGGGACAGCACCCACUUGUGAUGGGCCUGGAGCAACGGUCACCAAAAAAUUGGAUGCUUUUCAAGUCCCUGGUUUUGUUUAUUUCUUCUCUUGGAGAUCAGAUGUACCGUAUUUUUCAAAGAAAAGGGUAAAUGAAACAGGACACAAGCGUGUUUAGUAUUUAUAUAUAAAUGACAGUGUAUGUAUAAUGUAAAGGUAUGUACAUUAUGUAUAUAGAUAUAUGUGUCCGUUUCUAUAUGUGUAAAUUGACAAACAAAACUGGGAAACCUUGGGACUGGCCAGUGCCAAAGACUGACACACAGAUAUUAGCUGCUGGCUAAUGAAGAGGUUUUGCUGCCGUCAGCUGACAGGAGAGGGGGCUGGGUGUCCUGGGGAGUGGGGGGAGAUCAAGACUGGGAACAGGAAAAAACAAAGGAGUUGGGCCAGCUUGCCCUUCCCAUUCUGAUCACCAAAAUCUGACCUCAUCCCAUUUUUCACACGAAGUCUAUUGUCACUUCAGCAGUCUGUGUGUCCCUGGUGCAUUGUGGGUAACCUUUGGCUAAAGGCAUUUGGCGGCAGAUUUAGUACAUUGUCAGCAUUAGCUGUGGUUGGAGGUGGAGAAACUUUGAGGGCGUACUGAGACUGCAGAACUUACAGACACACGCAGACACACAUACACAGGUACAUGCAGCCACAGACAUACACAGACACACGCAGACACAUGCACGCAGCCACAGACACACAUACACGCGCACACAUACAUGCACUGCACAGACACAGGCAGACACACAUACACAGAUACAUACACUGACACACGCAGACAUACACAGACAUACACACACAUGUACUGGGAACAAGUAAUCACUUGCUGAUAUUUCAGUCAACCACUGGAAGCAGAUUGCGGUGCUGGGGGCGGUUGGGGGGGGGAUUGUUUAAAAAGGUACAGUCAGUGUUUCAGGAAGUGAAGACAAAGAGGAAGGAUGCAGGCUUAUGGACCUUCAGAGCUGCUGUGUUGACUGAAACAGACAUCUUGAAAGUAUGUGAUUAUUAAAGCCCUCGUCAGUCCCUUCCUUCUGCACUCUUUAAAUAUUCAACAAAAUGCCCUGGAUCCUCCAAACAUGUCACACAGAAAUUAAAAUUUAGUUGAGCUUCGCUGAGUUCUAGCAAACUAAAUAUUCUGACGGUAAUGGUGCUUCAAAGCAUGUGGCAAAGAAUCCACCACCUUCGUCAGUCACUGACCAAAGCUGUCAGCUGGUCCAUAAGGUGGUAGUGGUGGCUUAAUGGUUAGGGAAGCGCACUCGUAGUCGGAAGAUUGCAGGUUCAAAUCCCUGACCAGCAAGGCACCACUGAGGUGCCCUGA